AUGCAUCUCCAAAUCAAUCUUGCACUCGUCCUGGCAGCCGCCUCGGCACUAGCUCAGAGCGUCUGCCCGACGGUGACGCGCACCGAACUGGCCAGCACCUGCACCACGCGCCGCUGCAACUCGGACUGCUCGCUGGUGACGACGGUGCAGAACCCCUGCGGCUGCCCGUGGUCGGUGCCGACCGCCACACUCGUCGCACCCUGCCAGGCAGACUGUCCCUACAACGGCUGCGCGGUCGAGUUCCGAACCCUGAACCAACCGUGCCAGCCCACGAGCAGCACAUCAACGCGGCGGACAACCACCACCACUACCCGGUGGUGGCGGCCCACGACGACUACUACCACUACUACUUCGAGAUCGACCUCGACUUCGUCCUCGAGGCCCAUCGUCACCAUCAGCAUCACGCAGCUGCCGACCCAGCCGCCAGUCAUGACACCCUGCCCAACCAUCACGCUCCGGACCCAGCCGGCAGAUUGUCCCAUCAUCCGCUGCCCCGUGCCCAACUGCGUCACCCAGACCCAGCUGCGGCUGCCGUGCGGGUGCUCGCAGCCGCGCACGCUGCUGUCUGUCGAUGGCUGUCAGUCCGAUUGUCCUGGGGGAUGUAUGACGCGCACGCAGACGGUGAGCCAGGCUUGUGAAGCGCCUUGA